AUGAGAAGUAAAACGGCGGCACCGUCUGUUAUAGUGACGCCCGACAGGCUUCACAUGACGGCAAAGAGGAAAGAGGAGUGCUUGGUUCAAAUAACAAAUAUCUCCUUCGAGAAAGUUCUGUUCCGCAUGCUCACCACAACUCCAGAGCGUUACCUCGUCAAGCCAACGAAGGGCGUCAUUGAGCCCAGUGCCUCGGCCUCAGUCCUCAUCACACUCAGUCCCACCACAGCAAGGGGCGAGGACGUGUCAGAUGUAAACGCUACUGACGAUUUCCGCCUCGAGUAUUGUUUGCAAGAACCGGAAGACUGCAUUGAGCCGCGGUGCACAAACGUCCCGGCCCUCAUCAAAGAGAAGAAGCAGCAGGACCGCCGCCUGGUGCACUCCAAGACAGUGCGCUGCACAGUUGAUUUGACUGCUGUCAAUGGUAAAUGGGGUGAGGUUAGACUGAGGGACGAUGGGAAUGGCACUGGCCGCGGGAGCAAGGGGAAGAACGUUAUUUCUGCGGUGCUGAACAGUAGGAAGCGUGAAGAAGUCCCGGGUCAAGUGAAGGCGUCACUGGCUGGCCAGAAGCAGGCGGGCGGUGGUAAUAGUCUCAUGUGGAUUAUUGGAGGAGCCGCAACGUUGUUUUGCUGGUGGUGGUUUGCCUACUAG